GUAACAACAUGUAGAACGUCAGAUCUUCGCGUAACUGCGGUGAUGAGCGUUUCAUUAUUUGGGACGUUUUAGGCUCGAAGAAACGAGACAAAAUGACAACUAAAACUAAAACAACUGUCUCAGCUGCCAUCGAUGCAAUCAAUGAGGUUGCUUCACCCCUGGAUUUUUCUUUCAAAGCUUUGGCGGAACUUCAAGAUGCAAUGGAUGAAGAACCAAGGCCAGGCCCCCACAAAAUUGAGAAAAUUGAAGAAUCUGGACAUUACAAGUCAAAUAUGGUUCGCUUUUGCUAUAAUGCCAUUUCUGAUUAUGAGUGCUUGCCUUCCACACUGGAACAUUUUUUGGAAAACCCUCUAGAGCUGGCCUGGCUUGAUUUAUCUUUUAAUGACCUCUCUUCCAUUGAUAAGGUUCUGCUACAGUAUCCAAAGCUUAAGAUUUUGUACCUCCAUUCAAACGCCAUUGAAAAACUGUCAGAAAUUGACAAACUUGCUGCACUUCCAGAACUUAUUAGCAUAACUCUGCAUGGAAAUCCCAUUGAGAGCAUUCCAGGCUAUAAACAACACAUUAUUUCAACUCUACCUAAACUCAAGACUUUGGAUUUUAUACCCAUUACAAAUCAAAACCGCAGAGACGCCCAGACUUGGAGGGUCAAGUUUAGGAAGAAAUAGUCUAAUUGUUAGAUAGUCGAGUAAGUAAAAUUGGUUUUGAAUUCAUUUGCUGGCGAUAACUAGUGUGCAUAUGUGGUAACCAAAUGAAACUGUUAAAUAAAUAUAUCCUCUUACUGACUUAGGGACUUUUAAAUUAAGAACUAUAUAUGCCAGAGGUUCAGCUGAAGAGGUUGAAAGACAAAAUGGCCUGCAUAAUGUUAAGUCAAUAUUUUCCUAUGCAAAGCAAACUGCCUUUGAAGAGCUCAGUUGUAAAUGAUAUCAGAUUCUAACUGAUGUUUGUGUAAAGACUGAAUCUGCAAGUAUUUGUAUAAUGUACUAAGCUUGUAAAUAAAAUUAUUUUAAUAGCUGACUUCAUUAAUAUGUAAGUAAAAUGAUGCCAUCAAAUGAAUAUAUUGACACAAAAAUUUGUACUGAAUUAAUAGAAAUUAGUCUGCCAGCUUCAUUGACAAUAUAUAAUGAAAAAUCAACUUCGUAAAUGCCACAAAGCAAGGAACACCAUAUAUAUGUUUCCUUCCGGAAAAUGUUUUUUUAAAAAAAAAAAAAAAAAAAAUUUCCAGACGCCAGCACAGAACUAAUCUAAUUUCUCAAAAAUAAUUUUAUGCAUCAAUGGACUCGAUUAAAAUCAACUUCCUCCCGAG